CCUUCUUGUCAGGUUACAAGUUUUAUUUCCGAACGUAAAUAAAGGAAGGGAGAAGUGAAGAACCUUCUAAUAGCUUUUCUUUUCUCUAGUUUAAUUAAGUUUUUUUUCGUAUGAGACCGUGAAUUAUACUUGUGUCAAGACAUACAAUGAGUUCGUCCAAUAAGAUCAGCGACCACCGUCGGAAAUGGGACGCGGAGGAGUACGAGAAGAUGGCAUCGGAGCGGAUCCAGCAGGAGCUGGAAGCUCAGGAGAAGGCAAACCAGAAGAGCAUUCCGGUCAAGAGGGAGUUCCUGAAACAGAGAGACUACAAAGUCGACCUCGAUUCCAAACUCGGCAAGAGUGUCGUCAUAACGAAAAACACCCCUUCGUCGCAGUCUGGCGGUUACUACUGUAAUGUAUGCGACUGCAUUGUCAAAGAUUCGAUCAACUUCCUCGACCACAUCAAUGGGAAGAAGCACCAGAGGAAUCUCGGUAUGUCGAUGCGAAUUGAACGUUCGAGCCUGGAUCAGGUCAAGAAGAGGUUUGAGGUGAACAAGAAGAAGCUUGAGGAGAAGAAAAGGGACUAUGAUCUCGAACAGCGUAUGAAAGAGAUACAAGAGGAGGAAGAUAAGCUGAAAGAGUACAGGAGGGAGAGAAAACGAGAAAGAAAGCGACAGUUUGAAGAAGAUCCAGACGAGGUCCACCCACAGUCAGAGCUGGCUGUCAUCAUGGGAUUCUCGGGGUUCGGAGGAGGGAAAAAGAACAAAUAAAUCGCGAUGAACCGAUGUGUCUUCUCAAACAGCAUACAAUCUUGUCAUUCAUUAUAAUUAUUUAUUUAUAAAGAAAAAAAUUUUUUAAAAAUAAAUAAUAAUAUCAUAAAUAAACAUAACAAACUUGUAAAUAUUAUUUGUAGAUUUUGAAGGUAUAGAUUUAAAAUUUAUCUUAUUUUUUACCUUUUUUCAUAUCUAGAAUGUUUACCUAUAACAUGUAAAUAUACACAAAAAAACAAGAGGGGAAGUUUGAUUAAAUAUGACCAUAAAAAAUACUCCUUGGUU